CCUUCGCUCUCUCAAUAUUCCCAUCCCCCCACUUUGUGUGGAUGUCGACGUUACCCGACGCGCCGCUUAUGAGAACCCACCGAAGCAAACCUUGGAGAAAACUGCCAGCACCGAUCAAGGGAAAACAGUGACAACACCGGACUCGGCAUAUAAUUAAAGGCAAGGUGCUCCACGAUAACAAAUUCCCUUUGACAUUUGUAAGGGUAGACUGUCUUCGAACAUGAAUCCUGUGUACAGUCCUGUCCAGCCCGGGACACCGUACGGCAACCCUAAGAACAUAGCAUACGCAGGCUAUCCUGCAGGUUAUCCUCAGGCUCCUACCUACACACCCAACCUCUACCAGACUGGCAGCCCAGGCUAUCCCCAAGUGCUGCUGGUGAAGCAGGGCUGGCCCCAGGCCUCCGGUGCUGCAGGGGCCCUAGAGGGCUCCUAUGACCUGGCCAUGGACGCGGGCUCAGAGGGCCGCCAGUACCAGGCCUCAGCCGCAGCUUUCAGAUACACUGCUGGGACACCCUACAAAGUGCCCCCUGGUCAGUCCAACGGGGCGCCCCCUCCCUACUCCCCAUCCCCUAACCCCUACCAGACGGCCAUGUACCCAAUCAGAAGUGCCUAUCCCCAACAGAACCUCUACGCUCAGGGUGCGUACUACACACAGCCAAUGUAUGCGGCUCAGCCUCACGUGAUCCACCACACAACGGUGGUGCAGCCCAAUAGCAUCCCCUCCGCCCUCUACCCUGCCCCCGUCCAACAGCCUCGCUCCAACGGCCAUAUGUCCAUGGGCAUGGUAGCCGGCACAACCAUGGCCAUGUCUGCUGGUACUCUGCUGACCACGCCUCAGCACUCCACUCAGCACAUCGGUGGGCAUCCGGUUACCCUGCCAACAUACCGGCCCCAGGGGACAUCUGGGUAUAGCUAUGUGCCUCCUCACUGGUAGACCCCACUAGGUCCCACUCAUAUCGGGAGUCAAUAUCACUCACAACAACUCAAGUCUUACAUUGGUGCAGGAGGCCUGGCAUACGAGCACCAAGUCUGUCUGCAAUAACAAAAAACUAAAGUGCAAGGGUCACUUUAUGCAUUCUUUUGUGAUUUGGAAAAGCUGCUUUUUCAUGUUUUUAUUAUUUUUGAACAGCCUCAGUUUUUGGGGAAUUAGUUUCUUUGAUUUUGACUAUCUUAUAAUCCAGACACACACUGACCAGCAGUAUAGUACAUUUAUAGUACAUUUGUGCUUCUUUUUUACGUUUGUGUGUGUAUGUGUAUUUUUGUGUUCUGAACACUGGUUCCGACCCAAAGCCAGUCCCUUCAGCCGUGAGAAUGUACACGUCUUUGUAUGCUGCCAAAUUCUAAUGUUGGAAAAAAAAUCUUACUUUUUCAGGC